GAAUCGUUUGGAAAAGAACGGAACGUUGAUAACUAUUUUUUUUAACAGCAGUGAAGUGAAGUCCACUGUGUUUUCAACGAGACGUGGAGGCACUAUUAUUCCUUUUCUUCUUCUUCAUCAUCAUCUUCAUCUUGUUAUUUUUGCUAACAUUAGACUUUUUAUUGGAUCUUAAGCAGUGUUUUCUGACCGUCCUUUCUUGAUGUUUUGCUCAGGACUGAAAGCGAAUACAGAGAAAAGCUUGAACCCGUCAUUUGUUUUUGUUCUAACACGCCUAUACACCCUGCGACAUGCAAAGAGUUACGACGAAUUUGUGUUUAAAAGUGUCGUAAACGAAUUGAAACACCCGGAAACGUCGACAAACGUGACCAAGUUUUGAGAAACUUCUUCAUUCUACAGAGAAGAAGAAGAAGAAGGAGAAGAAGAGACGACGAAGAAGAACUGAUCCACAUUCUAUGAUUUAGAGCAGACGAAGUGGACUAGGAAAAGCUACAAUUCUGAUUCAAUGGGUUCCAAAAGCAGAGAGAAACUGCAGGAGCAGCUGGGCGAGUACAUCUUCGAUACUGUCAAAUACAUUGAAACAGUAAAGGAGUUUUGUGACGGAGAAUCAAAAUGGACCUUACAGAGAGAGUCCGAGCUCGAUAUGAUGAGAGACAUCAAAGUCCGGGCCGAUCAGAUCACUCUGAAGUUUGACCAUGUUCAGAAGGCUGAGGACAAGGCCAAAGCUUUUCGAGAGUACAUGUGGAGUGGCCUGACUCAGGUUACAGCAGAUUCCAGAAGGCAGAAGCUGGAGAAGGAGCUAGGAGAAGUUUUGAAGAAGACUUUAGAAGGACUGGAGAAACUCCAACACUUCCUGGAUGCAGUGGAGAAGCUAGCCGUCACCUCACUGUUUGUGUUCAUGGAUGAGAGCUUCAUGCCAAAGGGUGUGAGCUCCAUGUCCGUACGUUCAGUGAUCUCUGCAGCCAGAAUCGUGUCUCCACUCCUCGUCCACUUCAAGAGAGAUGCAGGAGCGUUCUUUCUGCCGAUCCUCAGGAAUGUGGAUGUCCUGGCCAUCCAGCUGGACAAAUACAUCUGUAUCACUCAGCAGAUCUGUGAGAAGAUGGAGAAAAAGUCCAAGAGCAUUUCAUGUUAUGGUGAUAUUCAUAAAUGUAAAAAUGGAAAAUCUUCACACACAACGUUUUAUUUGAACAUGAGUGAGGAGUCUGUGCAAAAACUGUAUGACCAUUUACUCCAGCUAACCAAAAUCAGGAUGGAUGAGUCAUUCAGGCUGACUUUCCUAUUCGAUGUAAAGGCACAGGACUUCAUCUUUAUAUUCAGUGAGCGCCACUGUAGAAUGCUUGAGUUUCUGGAUGAUUUAGAGAAGGCUGCAGUUGAGCUGGACAAGAUGAAGAAGGGCUCCAACAUUUCCACUGUGGCUGGAAGUUCAGUCGGUAUUGCAGGAGGUGUUUUGUCCAUCGUAGGUUUAGCUCUCGCUCCCGUCACUGCAGGCGUAUCUUUGGCCCUCACGCUAACAGGUGUUGGUCUCGGAGUCACCAGCGGCGUCAACAGCCUCGUUACAGUCUUCACUGAAAUUGCAGUGAACAGUCAUCAUGGGAAAAAUGCCGACAACAUCUUCAUCAGGUUUAUGGAAGAUGUGCAGAAGAUCCAAGGUUAUAUGGGAGAAGUUGCCAGAGUUGAGGGUCCUAUAGCAAGUGUACAUGGAGUUACCGCAGCUGUUGAAGUUGGGAAACUGGCCGCUCGUGCUGGAGCAGUAGGCAAAAGUAUUGAUGCUAUAGUGGAUGGAGUUUCAGCUGUAAAAGUUCUCAGUAGUGAGGAGGUGAUUGCAAAGGCAGUUAAUAUGGGGCUUCAGGAAGCUAAUGCAGGUCGGAGCAUCCCAAAACUGGCUGCAGAUCUUCCUGACAUUGGGCAGCUGGCUAAAGGAACUCCUCUGGCCAUUUCAAAGUCAGCCAGGGCAGGGUUCAUCGGCUUAAAUGCCUUAUUUAUUGGUCUGGAUGUUCUGUUUAUCUGCAAAGACAGUAUCAGUCUGUCCAAAGGAAGCAAAAAUGAAGUGGCUCAGCUCAUUCGCUCCAGGUCAGCUUUGUGGAGCUCAGAGGUGAAGGCGUGGGAGAAUAUCCAUGACCAGCUGUGUGAAGCAAUGUCAAGCUUUUACAACAAUCGGGAAAUUCUAGAGCAACCGUUCCGUCCUUAACAUCCUUAACAUCACCUUGAACUCAAACAAGAUGGUUUGGUAAAAUGUUGUUAAAACUCCUGUUUGAUAGCUGAUUUUGAGUAUUUUGGUUUGGGUGUCAGGGUCAAGAUUGUAACAGUGCACACAAACAUAGACACAAUACAGAGAGUUUCUGUCUAAAACUCAUUCUGGGGUGGGGCUAAGUGUGUGAUGUCACUAAAUAUAUGGCACAGCUUUGGAUCAUGUCUGGGAUUUGUUUAUUUCCAUUGUUGUCAUGUUCAAAUUUCAUUUUGUUAAACAGGUAAUCAAUGUAACUGUAUAAAUAAUGACUAUUUCAAUAAUUAACAUGCAGAUGACAAUCACAAAGUGUUGAUUAAUACUCCAAAAUUCCUGAAAAAAAACCUGAAAUGACUUUUUACAUCUCUUCUAUUUCUACACAAAAUUUCUGUGCUACUGUAAAUGUUUUUUCUAUUUCUAAGCAGUGCUGUAUAAACUUUAUAAACAAAAUUAAGUAAUCAAACAGGAAACAUGUUGUGGUUAGGCUGGUAAAGAAGACUAUUCAGUCACAUAUAUGUGCAUUUUGCUUGCGUUUUCUUAACUCUUUGUUGACUGUAAAUCUCUUGUAUGAUUAAACCACUGUGUACACAGUCAAAUAAAUGUUGUCAUUACAAAAGA